AUGAACUGUGCAGCUUUUAUAGUGGUGACUACCAGUUUUCUUUCUUGGACUGAUGCAGUUAAUCUCUACAACAAUAAAGACAAAGAUAAAGAGCUGCAGUAUCUUAUGGAACCACCAGUGUAUGCUGAGAUAAUAGCACACCGAGGAAAGAAUGCAACCCUGCCAUGCGUUCUUCGAACUGUACCUUCUCACUACAGAGUUAAGUGGACAAAAGUUGAACCUCUUCAUACAGGAAUGGAAAAUAUUAUUCUCAUCAGUAAUGGGCAUGAGGUUAAGCACUACGGCACAUGGCAGUCUAAAGCAAGUCUUCGACGUAUGCAUGUUUUGGAUAUCUCUCUCUGCCUAACUAAACUAGAACUCCAAGAUUGUGGUCUCUACCAGUGUGAACUGAUCAAUGGCAUUGAUGAUGAGAGUGUCACCAUUACUCUAAGCAUUGAAGGGGUUGUGUUUCCUUAUCAAAGCAGCCAUGGUCGUUACAAAUUUACCUACUUUGAUGCCAAAAAGGCUUGUGAAGAACAGGAUGCAACACUGGCAACAUACACACAGCUUUACAAGGAAUGGACAGAAGGUCUGGAGUGGUGUAAUGCUGGAUGGCUAAAUGAUGGGACUGUCCACUACCCCAUUCUGAAUCCACGGCCAACAUGUGGGAAAGAUCUUCUUCCAGGGAUCCGCAGCUAUGGGCCCCGGCACAAGACCAAGGACCAUUAUGAUGCCUUCUGCUUCACCUCUACCAAUGAGGGUUCAGUAUUCUAUGUCCCAGGGUCACUAAAUUUUUUGGAAGCAUCUAGUGCCUGUAAGGCGAAAGGAGCAAGCCUGGCCCGCGUGGGACAACUCUACUCCUCCUGGAAGUUUCUGGGGUUGGAACGCUGUGAUGGAGGCUGGCUACAAGAUGGUAGUGUGCGCUUUCCCAUCAUUACCCCUAAGCAGCGCUGUGGAGGAAUCCCACAGCCAGGGGUUCACAGCUUUGGAUUCCCUAAAAAGAGCAUUAGUCUCUAUGGGGCAUAUUGUUACAGGUAA